GCUAGAGAGUUGUAAAUUGUGAAGCUAAUUUUUUUUUACUUCCUGUUUUUUGUUGUUUUUUAAAUGAUGUUAGUUUUGAAGUUUGUUACUCUGCAUAUUGUUACUUCUUCUCCAUUUCAUUUUCGAUUUUAGUUUUCAAUUCUCACUCUGCGCACUACUUGAGUGGUGGGUUUUAGUCGUUCAUUUUUUCUAAGAUAAAAUUUCUGAGAUAAUUCUUCUGUGCGCUGUUUAUGGAGAGGGUGAUGGAUUAAGAUCCGAGGAAAAAGAAAAGAGAGAAGUUAAGAAACAGAGUGGAAAUUGAAUUUUUCUUGGCGAUUAGGUUGAUUUCUUUUCAGUUAUAAAGAGUUUGUAGGAUCUGUUAUUAUUUGACAAGGUGUUUCACGGGGGUAACAGAGAGAGAGAGAUAGAGAUAGAGAGAAGAGAAGAGAGCUUUUACUUUUAACUUCGAGAGUGUUUGGAGAGAGUUUUCUUGCGUGCAUUUUUAUCUUCUCUCUCUAUUUUUCUGUGUAUGUACACGAAGAACCUGAUUCUCUAAACACGAGGAACGAAUUACUUUUCUACUCUUUUCUUCUUUUUCUUUCUUUUUCUUUGGAUUGCUUUUUUGUCUCUUUUCUAUCUCUGAUUCAUCUUCAUCUCUUACUGGAGAGAAGAGAACAGAAGAAGAAAGAUGCCUGAAUUUGCUUUCCGAACUCUCUGAAUCCACUCCCACCAGAGAAAGAGAGAGAGAAAUAGAGAAAUAUCUGCCAUAUAAACUGCAUUGAUUUUUCUCUUUCUUUGGAACAAAAUAAAACAAAUAAAAAAAAUAACCCAAACGCCACUUUUUCGGUUUUCUCUUAGCCUUACAUUUCGCGAAUAAUAACUAAAACCAAAAUAAUAAAACUCUUAUCUCUCUUUCUCUGUAACUCACUCUUAAUUGUUCUCGUUCGGUUAAAAACCGGUUUCUACCUAUGACUUGCUUCCACUGAAGAAGAAGCAGCUCAAUACUUGGUGAGAAAGAGAGAGGAAAGAUCUGGGUUUGGCUUAUUGGGAUCAGUUCUGGGCCAGAGUAUCCGUUUUAAACAGGCGGAUAUAGUUAGUUUUUGUGAUGAUAUUAAGAUGAUAGAAGCGGACAAGAGUCGAGACGUGAGGCGUGGAGCGAGUCGGUUCUUGAGACAUAUUAAGCAAUCUGAGAAAUCCAGUAAAGAGAGAAUUAAGAAAUUGAGUGCUGUCAAUAGAAUAACUCUGAGUAACGAGGAAAACUAUGAGAUGGGUUGUGAUAUAGUGGAAAGAGAAGAGACCCCUUCUACAAGUGGCAGUGCUAUUGCUAAGAGAUUCAAGCUACCCAGAAAGCAAAUUUUUGAUGACUGCAAUGGUGUUGAUCGUGUUUCUGUUCCGCGCAAGCUACGGUCAGCCAUGAAGAAACGCAAUCGAGAAUCUAUAUCUCCUCCAUCUUUUCCAGAUUCAAAGAAGUUGAACCAUUCUACUGGGGUUGUCGAAUCAUCCAAAAGGAUUGGCGCAAAGAAAUUUAAAACGAACUUGAAACAAAACUGGUCCAUGAAGCAUAGUAUUAGUGGACCAAUAACCAAAGACGAAGAAGAAGUGGUGGAGACCUUGUAUGCUUUGGCAGGAAUGUUCCCCGACAAUGAACUAGAUACUAAGACUAAAUUGGAUAGUGCUUCUUUGGAUGCAAGUCCUUCAGCUUUGCCGGAGGCUAGUGAAAAUCAUCCACCCAAAGAAGAUUCUGUAGGUAUAAAAGAAGACUUAAAUGUACUUUGCCCGUUGAGAGCUAACGAAGCUGUUAAUCCUGUGUCGGAUGUAGAAAAAUCACAUGAAGAUAUUGUAAAAUUUCAUUUUUUGAUUGGACCAAGCAUUUGUGAACUAUCUGAUUUUCCCAGUUCUGAAGCAGUCCAAGGAGAAUUGGACAGUUCUGUGGCUCAGGUGAAUCUGCCCAAGAUGUUUGUUAAACAUGAGGAGCAAAAGUCACCAAGCAAUGCAGUCAAGUAUUGCUUUCCAUCUGGGUCACACCAGGACAUGGGCAAAUUAAAGCAGACUGUAAAACUGGAGAUUUCGCAGCUUGACAGGAAGUCUGAUACUGCAUUGGAGCUGACUACAACAAUUGGAACUCAAUUGGACCAGCAGCAUUUGAUUAAUGAAUCCAAGAGCAACUCAUCAUGGCCAGGAUUGUCUUCAACAGUGUCAAGUACUUUUUGUCGUGAUUCUCUAUCGCAAUCAUUUGCUGCUAAAAUACCUGCUUGGCUUAAUACCACUACCAGCCACGGUCCAGUCCUAAGUGAUUCGUCCACUGGAAAGCUUUCUAAAGUUCCAACUGAUAGAAGGUCGUGGAAGAGGUGUGCAGCUCAUGUUUACAUAAGCCGUCUCAUUCGGGUACUAGAAGUCCCUGAAAGCAAAGAAAGCUUGCAACUCCCUUCAAAUCAACUGAGACCACAUGAAAUAUUAAAGCAAGGUGUACUCAUGACAAUAAAUGACUUCAACAGCAAUGAUUUAAAUGGAGUUGCAUCUGCUAGCAGCUUAAUUAACAAAAUCAAGAAGAAUCCAAGUGAUGCUAAAAGUGGUAAUCUUCAACACCUAAGGCUACGUCAAGAUCAUUCACAGCCUGCUCUGUCAUGUGGUGUAUACACUUCUCAGAAGCAGGGUUGCAAUUUCUUGUCUCUGUCAGCGGGUGGUGGUGGUAUAGAAACUAGUUUGAGUGGAGCUGGACAUGGUUCCGAACCAUCGGCACAGCUGCAGGUUCCUUAUAAUGCCCAACAUCCCACGAUCAUGCCAUUCUCCAUGUCCCAAGCGCAAUAUGCCCCUGCUUACCCUGAUCAGUUUUCAGCAGCAGCAGCCCAACAGGCCCAACUUCAGUUACCUCCCCAUUUCAGCAGCCCAUACUGUGGUCCUCAUGCCAAUCCCAAAGCCUUGACAAAGCAGCAACAACAACAACAACGUUUUUGGGCGGCCCAGUUGGCAGCUCAGUUCAGGAAUAAUGGGACUUCCUCAACCGUGACUCAGUUUCCAAGCUGGCAAAAUGGAAGGCAAGAUUCAAAUACGCUUAUGCCAUUUUUCUCAUCAUCGCCUUCAACUUUAGAAGUACUAGGCCACAAGUAUCCUCAGGUCUCUCAGCAGCAGCAGCAGCAGUUCAUGGCCAUCACGCUACCACAUGCAAGGAUGAAAAGGCAGGAUCACCAUCUUUCUUCUGUUUAUGAAGACUCUGGGGUCGGAUUUCGAGCUGGUGGUGGUGCACUGCCUUUGCAGUUGCUCUGCAAUGAGCGACUAUGAGAAAGCAAUAGGUCAGAGGCUGUACUGGAAUCAUAUGGAUGGACAAUAACAUCGUCUAAUUCUUGUAUUAGUUCUUGUGACUUGGUGAUCCAUUUUGGCACGACUGGAAGGCGAAUAAGCAAGGAAUAUAUAUGAUUGAUGGGAUAAAAUAGCAGAGGGAGGCAGAGCAGGCUUGAAAGACAAGAAAGUUAUUAGCACCUGGAAAUAAAUCUGAUCAGCUGCUAAGGAUGGUUGGCUGAGAACAAUCUGCAGCAUCCUCUUCUUAUAAGCACAGUUCAAGUGACAAUCUCACCAAUUAACAAAGAGAGUUUAUUAGAAUAGAAAGGACUUUGUUUAUUCCGGUGCCCCCGCUUCAGUAUAUAAACCUUUGCCUCUUGAGCCUAUUUUCUUAAUCUUUUUUGCUUUAUAUGUAAAGUUAUUCUCUACUUGCACUGGACAGGAUUAGCACUUGGAAACUGCUUGUUGCCCUCUUAAAAAAGCAGAGAGAAAAGAACAAAGAUAUAAGCUUUUAUUAUUAA